UCUUUGCGUGGCUUUGUUAAGAUUUUUGUCCCGCUAUGGCUUGCUAACAUUGGAUGUUCAUUCAACCGUCAUAAUUUAGGUUAGUGGGGGAGAAGGAGGAGGGUUAACAGGAGGUUACACAAGAGCAGAAGACCCUACCAACACGUUUGCCAAUCAAGUUUCUUGGGAACGACAGCCUGUUUCUGGUUAAGGAACUCGAAGAACCACUGAAGUGAAAUAUGGUUCGAUCUGAUUAACAAGUUUGACAUGUAACUGAUCUUUGGUUACGCGUUGGGUAAUGCAGCCUGAAGGAUAUUAUUCAUGUGAGGACCCUUGUUGAGAUUUUUUUUUGUGGUAUAUGCAAUUUCAAGCUUUAACUCUUGACGUAGAGGUGUGAGCUAUCUAAACCUUGUGUCCUGCGCUGAUUCAUUUUCUGUGAUAUUAAAUCAAGUGGUUCAAUACUUCGGCGCUUAAUUUUCUCUUAACUAGACUCUGAAUUUUCCAAUCUGAAUUGUUGGUUAUUCAUGUACUAUAAUGAAAUUUGCUGGUAUAAGUAUGAUUAGAGAUUUCAGUAUGACUUCAAUUGUAUUUAAAUCUGUCAGGUUGGAGUUGGUGGUGGGUGGUUGGGACUUAAGAUCUGUAAGAGUGGGCACAUUUGGAAAGAAAUUCUUUUUGAUAUUCAAAAUUAUUUAUUUUCCUGGAUUCCUGAAUCUAGGCCUUAUUGUACAUGGAUAUAAUAUUACCUUAAACAUCAGGAUCAGGCCCUCUAAAACCAUUAAUUGGAUGAAGCUGAGCAAGGUGCACCAGGGGAGACCACAAGGAUUGCUUUUACCUCCUCCUGUUUUUGUCAACUCAGAACUAAUAAGAGAGGAUCAAGCGCAAAAUGUUGUUAAGUUUCUGUCACACCCAAAAAUUCGAGGUUCUCUUGUCAUGUACAGACGAUCUUUUUUGGAUAAGAAGAGACUCUCACGCAAGGAGAUAGACGAAGCUUUCUGUAGAGUGCAUGAUCCACCCCCACCAACUACAACUACACCGGAAACUAUCCCAAAUCAAGAUUGCCAGUCAAUUUUACCUAUCAAUUCGCAACCUCAAAUACAAGCACAAGAUCCGCAGUCUGCAGUUCCUCCCCCUAGUGGCUUGGUUUCCAAAAUGCGAGCCCGAUCUCACUUGUCUCAUGCUAUUCUUGCCAUAGGAUUUCUUGCUGCUUCAGGAGCUGGUACUGCACUUUUUUUAAGAAUGUUGUUGUCCCUAGAUUGAAGUUGUGGAUCCGCAAGGUGGUAUUGGAGGAAGAUGGUGAUGACUCCCUAGAGAAAAAUACCUCAAAGACAAACCCAGCUAAAGAGGCAGUAGCAGCUGCAAAAGCUUCUGCAUCUGCAGCUUCGGAUGUAGCUAAGGCGAGUUAGGAAAUGUUGAACUCAAAACUUGAAGGUGGGUUUAUCUAAUGAAUGACUUGAGGCUUCAGUAUUGCCUAUAUGCAUAUUUUCUCGCCAGUUACUUGAAUUUGUGACCUUUGCAUGUAUUUCUCAGAAAGAAAGUACCAAUAGUUCAGCAUUUGAUGACAAUGGCAUCCUAUAGGCAGAAAAUUGUAUCUUAUACAUUCACUAUGCUUCUGAAACUAAGUUACAGUCUAUGUGAAAUCUAGAGAAAACAAAGUUAGAGGCUUUCUGAAACUAAAUGAUACAUAUAAGUUGUUUCCUUCUCUUUUCUUCCAUGUAUCAUUGAACAUAUCAUUAUCAAUACAAGUU